CGGUCAUGUGAUCAGCUGUGUCCAAUUACAGCUGAUCGCAUAGGACAUGUACACUGAUCAUCAGGCCACUGAUGAUCAGUGUGCCCCGAUGAUCAGUGUAGCCCUAGCAGUGCCACCUGUCAUUGUCCAUCAAUGCCAGCUGUCAGUGCUCAUCAAUGCCACCUGCCAGUGCCCAUCAGUGCCACAUCAAUGCCACAUAUCAGUUCCUACCAGUGCACAUCAAUGCCACAUAUCAGUGCCCAUCUGAGCUGCCUUUCAGUGUCACCUAUCAGUGCCAGUCAGUGCCACCUAUCAAUGCCAGUCAGUG